UUUGUGAUACAUAUACAUAUUAUUCCCAUAAGGAAGAAGAUAACAUUGCAGAAACAAGGAUGCCGGUCACGUGCUGCUUGACGCCGAUGAUGGUGCGAAACGCGGUGGAGGAGCUCCAAAAGAAGCGCGAGCGCGUGCCUGUCUCUCUGCUGAUUUCGCACUUCCAGCGCUGCUUGCCUGCCGAUAGGCUCAACGAUCAGCUCAAGGUCGAGCUGACCAAGCAGGCCGACAAGGCCGUGAAGAUGGGAUGGCUACUCCGCUAUUCCGAUCAUACCUACUCCCUGUCGACAUUGCGCUGGCAAGCCACCGUCGAAGAAUUCGGAUUCGAUUGAAAAGGAGACCAUAUCUCGAUUAGUUUAUUACGGCCUGCCACACCUGCCGCCACACCUAUUUCUCAUUUCUUAUUUACAACUGCAUGGAUCACUAGUUUUCUCAAAUUGUAAAUAAGUUUGUUAAUUGUGGAUUAAGAAUAUUCGUUAGUUGAUGAAAAGAGUCAGGUGUCAAGAGACAGCUUCAAGAGCGAGUCAAUCCGGAAUUCAAGAUUUUACUUUCACACCACAAUUAACAAAGUUAUUAUAAGGAUAAUAUAGACAGCAAUACAUUCAUUGCCUACGAUCCGCCCGUUCGACAUGCACACUGCGGUCGGGCGUUUAUACGUAAGUUCGCUGUUUU